ACUCAUAUCACAAAUAUGUUCAUCACAGUUUCUUUAUCCUUCUACUUUUAACAACCUCUGUUUGUAAUUUGAUUAAAAGAAUAAUUUAAUAUUUAAAAUCUUGAAACUCAAAGCUACAUAAAGUCAAAAUUCAACUACAAAAAAAAUUAUAUAUUUUGUCCCUGGCAAAAUGAGUAAUUCCCGUGUUACAAACAAAAAUUGUUUGUAAAAAUCAUAGAUGUCUCUACUUUCAACGACGCUGACAGCCGGAAGCUUGUGAAUCACCGCUGUGACUCCUAACCUAUUUGUUAAGCAUUGGAAAGCAACGAGAGUGGAUGUAUUACUGUUUAAAGCACUGCAACCACGUGUGUAAUAUUCAACAGUGUAAUUCCCGGGAAUCAUGGCUAAACUUUCCAAAGAAGAGCUUUUACGAAGAAAACGAGAAAGGGAGAGAGAAAGACGCAGGAAAAUAAGAGAAGAUCCAAUCAAAAGAGCUGAACAACAACAAAAAGAAAAAGAAAAGUACCUGAGGCAACGAAAAAGUAAAAUAAAAAAAUCUAUCAAUGAGAUGACUCCAAGACAACAAAGACUGAAGAGGAAACAAUGGAGAACUAAUUUAGCUGCAUUCAGACAAAGACAAAAAGCUCUGAAGGAGACUGGACAACAUUUGGAAAACAAUACACCCCCAAAUUCUUCAGAUGAAGAAAAUGUACCAGAAAACAUUAGAGCCGAUAUUGGGCGAAGAAGGGCUAUUCAAAAUAGAGUUAAAAGACAUAGAGAAAAAGUAAAAACAAGAGAGAAAAUUAAAAAGCUAGAAGCUGCACUAGAAAAAUACAAAAAAAGGUAUCAGAGACUUAAAGCGGAAAAACAGAAAAAAGAGCUAGAGAUGAAACAGCCUAGAACUCCUUUAACACCACUAACGAACACUGAUUUGAUUAUCGAUGAAACACCGUGUACUCCAAGAAAGAAACUUAAAGUUGAUGAAAUUAAGAAAAAGAUUCUUUUUGGUCAGGUUAUGGAGGAACAACUAAGACAUUCAUACAAAGAGUGUGAGCAAAAUAGAACAAAGCAAGUUAUAAAGAAACUUAUGUCUGGAAAUAUUAUAAGAAAAUAUGGAUUGAAAAAAUACUGCUCAAGAAAGAUUGGGUUUAGGAAUUUGAGCCCCAAAAAAUAUCAAAAUAAGUCUAUCUUAGUACAUGAAAAAAAAAGGUCUGUAGGUAUGGAUACUGUUCAACGACAGAUACAUAAGUAUUUUAACGAGGAUUUAAAUUCGAGAAUUUGUGCUGGAAAAAAAGAGUACAUAACUCGAAAUAAAGUAACGAAACAGAAACGAUAUUUAGCAGAUACAAUGAUUAACCUUCACAAGAGAUUUUUGAAUACUUAUCCAGGUAUUAAGGUGAGCUACGCGUUUUUUUACAGAUGUCGUCCGUUUUGGAUAUUGCAAAUGAAAGUUUCCAGUAGAGAUACUUGUAUGUGCACUACACACGCAAAUAUGGAGCUUAUUACUUCUAGUUUAUUUCAAUUCGGAGUUUUAAGUUCAAAAAAUUUGACUACCAUUAUUAAAAGUUUAUGCUGCGAGAAAAAGACUGAAAAUUGUCUAUUCCGUGUGUGUGAAAAAUGUCAAGAGGCUGUUAUAACAUACAAUAACCACGAUAAAAACAAGCCUGUCAAAUAUUAUAAAUGGUCAACAAAAAAAGAAGGAUAUUACGACCCCAAAAGUAACACAAAUAAAACUACGAUUAAAACCGUAAAAAUUCUUGUUACAAUAACAUUGGGAUCUUUAAUUAAUGAAUUUGAAUCCAAAUUGACUGGAUUUUUGGCACACGAAGCAUGAAUAUGUCAACAAUUCCAGGUAAUUUCGGGCCUUAAGAAGCAACUUUCGCAGAAAUCUAUCCUAAUACACUGCGACUUUAGCGAAAAUUAUAAUUUAAAAUAUGCCCAAGAAACACAAUCGUUUCAUUUCGGAGGCUCAAGGCAACAAAUCAGUUUACAUACAGUCGUCGUCUACAAAACAACUGCAGAUUCUAUUGUUAAACCUACCUCUUACUGUACGAUGUCAGAAUGUCUUAAGCAUGAUGUUCCUGCUAUUUGGGCCCACUUAUUACCAGUGCUAAAGGAUUCAAUAGGAGAUGCCACUACAGUUCACUUUUUAAGUGAUAGCCCAGCGACCCAAUAUCGCAAUAAAUUUAUGUUUAAUUUUUUGGUCAAAAAUUUAAAUCGACACUUUAGUCAAAUAAAAAUGGUGACAUGGAAUUAUUGCGAGGCUCGACAUGGAAAAGGACCACCUGAUGGUAUUGGAGGGGUAUGUAAACGAACUGCUGAUCGUAUUGUAGCACAAGGAUCUGAUAUUGAUUCACUAAGAACACUCAUAGACGUGCUUGAGAAAAAUUGUGCAAAGAUUAAGUUUUAUGUCAUCACGGAACAAGAAAUUAAUAAGAUAAGGCAACAAGUGGAACAAAAUGAUAACCUUAUUUUUAAAGGUACUAUGAAAGUACAUCAGGUAGUAACAAAAUUUUCGUCAAAAUGUUGGUUUCGCAGUUUGUCUUGUUUCACGUGUGAAGAAACAUGCCAUCAUUAUGGACUUGGAUGUUUGAAGUAUAAAGAUUUUGAUUCUAAAGAUGUUCCCUGUACAAGCAAGACUUCAAAGUUGAGAUAUGAAGAUGUUUACAGUGAUUCUGAAGAAGAUGGAGUUGUAAUGUCUUCAAAAAUAAAACCAGGUUGCCACAUUCUUGUCGAAGUUAAAAUUGACGCUAAGAAAAAUGUUUCCAAUGAAAAAUACAAAUAUGCAGCUAUAUGCCAAAGCGAGAUGGAUGAAGAUGGAGAAGUUAAGUUAUGUUCCUCAAAAUAUGCGAAAGUAAAUCGAAGUUAUUUAGUUUGGACGAAGAAGACAUCUCAUAUGUAGAUUUUAAUAAUAUUUUACGUAUUCUUCCGGAUCCAACUCUUGUCUGCAAAGGCAAUCGAAUUUACUAUUCGUACCCAACGGAACUUGACGUUUUUGAAAAAUAAGGUUUUUUAGUUUUUUAAGAUUUAGAAACAUAUUUAGGUUAUCUUUUUUUAUUUAUGUUUGAGUUAGAAAGACAUUUGAUUUGUAUACUUUUUACAUUAUAACACACAUUUUAUAAUCACUAGUAUUUUAUUGUAAUUCCCAUGCACUUGGCGUAAUUCCCGUGUCUGCCCUUUUCAGAAAAUUGUAAAAAAAUCAAAAACCGGUCUUAAUUCAGAACGUUUUUUGAUAAAAUCUUUUUUCUAAUAAAAAACCACAUCUAAUAAAAUGAAAAUUUGAUAUCUUAUUUGAACUUUUUUGUUUGCCAAAAAUCUGUAUUAUGAGACUCACUUUGCAGAGAAUC